AUGGGAAGAGCUGUAGUUUUAGGCUCAAAUGAUAUAUACAAAGAUUUAUUUCAAAAUUAUACGAAGGAGUUGAUUCCGACAUGGGAUGUUCCAACACCUCUCAAACUUCACAUCAAUGCUGCAUUAAUAUCAAUAGUGUCGUUUGUAGAACUCGAAGAAAAAAUUAUAACGACAAUGAGUUUUUCAUUAAACUGGAUGGAUCCUAGAUUAUCAUGGAAUCCAAUUGAAUAUAAUCAUAUUUAUUUGUUAACGUUACCGUCAUAUACUGUCUGGCUCCCGUAUCUGCACCUUUCUAAUAGUGUGAACGAUGUCAAACCCAUUGGACAGGAAGCAAACUUCUAUGCGAUUGUAACAGCCCCAGGAGCGGUUUAUUGGAACCCAGGUGGAGUAUUUGAGGCACAGUGUGCGCCUGAUGUAUCUAACUUUCCUUUCGAUACACAAUUCUGUUCGUUUACAAUCCUUAUGUGGGGUAUGCCAGCUAGCGAAGUGGACUACAUUAGUAAUUCCAAUGUUCCAGAUCUGACUUACUAUUAUCCCAAUUCUGAUUGGACUCUUACUGGCACACAACAGUCUGUAAUUAAGGGAAAUUAUUCGUCAACGUUUUUUGUCGGACUUUACAUUAAACGUAAACCAGCUUACUACGUCGUAACCGUAAUAUUACCCACAUUUAUGUUUUGUCUGAUAAAUCCACUAGUAUUCUGUCUCCCCGUGGAAUCAGGAGAGCGAAUUUCUUUAGGUAUGACAAUUCUACUGGCUUACGCUAUAUUUCUUACCAUAGUAUCGGAUUCAAUCCCAGCUAAAUCUGACCCUUUGUGUAUCCUUCUUCUAGUUCUUGUUUUAAUAAUGAUGAUAAGUGGUGCAAUUGUUAUUUUGACUAUUGUUAGUUCGUACUACUACUAUAUGGAAGAUAUAAGCCAUGCGAAUGCAUGUUUAAGGCGUUUAACAUUGCGAUUCAAACGAAAUCAGGUAGAGAAUUUCAAUGAGGAUGGAAACAAAAAAUCAAAUUUGAAUUCUCUGUCAGGUAAAACCAUGUCUAAAACCCUUGACAUUAUAUUUUGCAUCAUCUCUUUUGUUUCAUUUAUUGGAAUAUUGUCUGCAUAUUUUCUAUAUGUAUUGAUAGUAUAG